AUGCUUACUGGAUUGGCAAUCCUCCUUCAACUACUAUCCGUGUCAUUUGGAUCCAAAUGUGGUUACCCAAAUAAUACUGACACUGCAAUCCAUACGUUUAAUUGCAAUUCAAGUAUGUUGAACUACAGCAUAAAUUUAACUUGUUUUAUGAUCAAACAAUCAAACUUACAUGUCAAGAAAAACGUUCCAAUGAUCGUAACUGGUUCUCGAGUAUUAGACAAAAAUGAAGUAGAAAUGUAUCCAAUUGAUUUCAAAGCCCCAAUGACCAUCGAGCUUAACGCAAUCAAUAACGGUGAAGUGUAUCAAGACAACAAAGUGGAUGUCAUACUGUCCCAAUACACCUCUGGAUGGUUAAGCUCCACCUGCGAAUGGAAAGAAGUAAAAACAUUUGGACUUUUAAACAAUAUUGAUGGAUGCGAAUACGCAAAUAACUGCCCUCUCCAAACUGGAGACCUUGAUCUUCGUUUACCAUUGGACUUGAGCAAUUUCGGCGUCAUCAUCAACGCCUUACUUGGCGACCAUGCUCACCAACUAAGUAUUCAUAUGAAGAAUUAUAAUCCUGGCUUGGAAAAACACGAAGAAAUUGCAUGUGUAACGGCUCAAAUGAAAAUUCGAUGA